CAAAGUUUCGACCAUUAGUAAAACUUUUUAGGUUAUAACAUUUCCAAUAUGAGCGAAGACUAUAAAAUAUUGAAACAAGGAGCCGAAGCGAAGUUGUAUAUCUGUAAUUAUCUGGGAAAACCUACGCUUAUUAAGGAGAGAUUCAAGAAAAACUAUCGACACCCGGACCUGGAUCUUACUAUAACCAAAGAGAGGAUAAAAAACGAAGCAAGAUCGAUUGUACGAUGUAAAACAGCAGGAAUAAGGACGCCAACGUUGUAUCUGGUGGAUUUCGAUCGUAGACGCAUAUAUAUGGAACAUUUCCAAAACAGUAUUACUGUUAAGGACUUUAUAAUCAUUUUUUCUAAAUUAAAUAGUAGCAAAGAUGUUACUACAAACAGCUUAGAUGUGUAUGCUAGUAAAAUCGGUCAGACGGUCCGAAAAUUACAUGACAAUAACAUUAUACAUGGGGAUUUGACUACAUCAAACAUGUUACUCAUAGAAAAAAGUCCUACUAACGUAGUCAAUGAUUCAAAAUGGCUUUGUCAUGACAAUGUUGAAAUAGUUAUGAUAGACUUUGGAUUGUCAUUUAUCGAUUCAAGUACUGAAGAUAAAGGAGUUGAUUUAUAUGUGCUGGAACGAGCUCUUAUUAGUACUCAUAAUGAUUAUCCUGACUUAUUCGAUAAAAUAUUUGAUGCCUAUAAGAGUUUCAGUAAGAAUAACAUUAAAGAAAUUAUAGUUAAGUAUGAGGAUGUUAGGGCUAGAGGUAGAAAGAGAACUAUGGUUGGUUAAUGUUUUAUUAAAUUUGUAAAUAAAAAAUGUUU